AUGUCAAAGCAGGAAAAAUCCAGCGAAACUAGAAGCGCAGAUGACAAGUCGCCAACGGCAGCGACUGGGAACUCCAUGACACCAAGCGCUGGGACAGCAGACACGGAAACACCUCUAGUAAGCUCUUCACAGGUUACGGACCAAGGGAGCGGUUCUGUUUCAAGUCGGAUGCGGGAUGAAGCGACGUUGUCCUCAACCGGAAACGACUCGGCGAACGCAAGCGUGCAACCCGCGAGCGACGCCUCGGACUCGUUGCAGCAAGUCUCGGCCAGCUCGAUGCCCAACGUCACAGGAUCCAACGACGACAAGAACCCAGCACAUGUACAACAAACAACUUCUGGCGCUGGUCAGAUGUCGAGCGGGCUGGAAGGAUGCAACACUUCUGGCUCAGCAGCAGGUUCGAGUGCGCUCCCGCCACCACCAGAUUCACCGGUUCCUGUCGAAGAGGCGGCAUCACAGGUGCUAUCCGCAGGACAAGCAGUGCCCGAGUCGGGCAAACGAACCCAGGCGUCUGAAGUCCAGUCAACAGCCACAUUGUCAGCAGGUCGUGCUCGCGGAGUCAAAAGAGGACUCGAAUCUGCGGAGCCAGACACGAAGAGCACGGUUGAAGAGGAACCUCCGGUGAAGACCCUUCGCCAUGAUGCUCACGAAAGAUACGAAAUUCAUCGUGAUCAAGAAUCCUCUACAAAAGCGGCAGAUGAGUCUUCAUCGCCAUCGUCCAGAUUGGAGAUACCGAAUGCUCCAGUGCCGGCUGCGACGGGCGUACCACCUGUUCUACCAGGCGGUACCAGCGGUGAAGAUGUGCCUGCUUUUACACCAAGCAAACCAUCCCAAGCGUCCCCGCCGCUGUCGACACCGCAACCGGCUACGGCGGCAGGGAGCAGUGAGACAUUGAGACCAGAGGACUCGACAGAGUCGGGGUAUUCGACGCGCGAUACCACCGAAAGACAUCCGCUGCGGCGGCAGGAGGAAGCGCUUGCGAGAGCGCCGCGCCAGAACGUCAAGAGCACGAUUCAACAUCGUAUGCAGGAAGAAGCGGAAGGAAACGACGGUGAUGAAUACCCAAGCGCGGAAAUCAAGGACGGGAUCGAUGAUGAAGACGAUGAAGAAGAAAGGGCAGACGACGACGAUGACGAUGCGGAUGAGGAAGCCGAUGAAGACGAAGACGAAGACGAAGAUGACGAGGAAGACGAAGAUGAAGAGGAGCACAGCAGCCGCCGAAGACGUGGAGCGGCUCAGUUCUUGGAACUCGAGGCCGAAGUCGAUGAAGGCGACGAGGAAGAAGAGGAAGAUGAUGAUAUCCAAGACCUCGUCGCCGAUGAAGACGAAGAAUCCGCAGAUGAAGAGGAGCUCGCUGCCGAGGAGCGGGAGGCCAUCGCUCGCCGCGAACAACGUCGUCGAGCGGAGGCAGCGCUUCUGCAACGCGCCCAAACCGCUGAGGAGCUCGAAAAAUUCGUCCAAGAACGUUACGGUGGCCUCGACGAUGAAGACGAGGAGUCCGACCUCAUCACCCGGGCGUUUCUUGAGGGUGCAGCUGGUGCUGCUGAUGGAUCAACAGCACGCCGUCGGCACGGUGCCGCAUCCGACCUGGACGUGUUGCCGGUGCCGGCUGCCAUGGCUCGCGGCAAGCCCCCGACCGACAUCGAGCAACAGAGCCUCCUGCCAACAGUGCAUGACCCGCGCUUGUUCCUGGUGAAAUGUCGAACUGGUAAGGAAAAAGAAAUGACCAUCUGUCUCUUGCAGAAAUGCGUUGACCGGGCGAAUCAGGGUCAACCUCUGGCGAUCACCGGCAUCGUGGCACCGGAUCAUCUGCGCGGUUGCCUCUACAUUGAGGCACCACGUGAAAACGAUGUCCGAGACGCCAUCAAAGGACUCCAUCAUCUGUACCAGACCAAGAUUACGCUGGUCCCGUUGAAAGAGAUGGUAGAGGUCGUCUCUGUACGACCCACAACGGAGCGUCAGAAGCUCAUUCCAGGCCAAUGGGUGCGUCUACGUCGUGGCCUCUACGCUGGGGAUCUGGCACAAGUCUAUCAAAUUCGAGAAGAUCAAGUUAUCGUUCGCUUGGUACCGCGUCUGGACUUGACGGCGUUGGCGCGGAAACCGCGCUACGGUGCCGUCGAUGCCGUCGACCGAGACGAUAUGGAAAACGUGGACGAUGCCGCUACAAAAGGUGCUCCUUCACGUCAAGUCGGAGAAGCUGCCGCAGCACGCCGCGGUGGAUCGCGGACGUCCGGCGUGCGUCCACCGCGGAAACUCUUUGAUCGAGACCAGGUCGCUCGUAUCCUUCACGUGAAUGUGUUUGCGAGACGUGAUUCGCGCACCGGUGAGUGGUUUGACGAGUUCGAAAACGAUCAGUUUCGUUACGGUCUUUUAUACAAACGCGUCUCUCGAAAGAAUAUCAUUCAUGGAGCAGCGAUGACGCCGCCCAGCAUCGACGAGCUGGAGCCGUUCCAGGAAGCGGAGCGUCAGGCGCAAGUUGCUGCUGCCGCCGCCGCCGCCGCCGCUGAUGAUGAUAAUGAUAAUGAUAGUGAUGAUGAUGAUAAUGAUGAUGCUGGUGCUGGUAUCAGCGAUAAAGCGUCUGACGACUCGCUUGCCGCAGCGGCGACGGUGCAGCGGUUCACCAGUGGUAUCGACGCCAUAGCAAGCGGUACCAGUACACCUGCAGCGGACAUGGAAGCGUUUCGCGCUUCAUCUGCUCUGGUGGCUGCAACACAAGCGGUCACCGCUACCGCUGCGGAUGCCAAUCGUCAUCGUUUUCGCAAAGGGGAUCGUGUACGCGUUCGACGCGGUGACCUGCGGAACCUCAUCGGCAUCGUGGAUAGCGUCCUGCCCGACGCUCGAGUCCUCAUACAACCGACCCCAGCGACAGGUGAGCACGAUGCCUCGACGACACCGGCGUCAGUUCAGGUGUUGGCGGCAGACCUGGAAAAGUACUUUGCCAUCGGGGAUCAUGUGCGGAUAUCCGCUGGCAAACAUGCCGGUCUCACUGGCCUCGUUGUGGCUACCGCGUACCAGGACCAGGACACUGACAAGAGCACCGACAACGCCGACAACGACAAUGAUGCACAAGCGUCGGUAACCGUGCUCGCCGAUGUAACAAACGAGGUCGUACGCGUCUCCGCGCACCUGCUCAGCGAGUCCAGUGGAGAGCAGAGCGCUGCUACAGCCGCCAAGUUGAUUGCCGGUGGCCUGUACCAUCUCUUCGAUCUGGUGACACUGCACUCGGAGCCGCGGCAUGCCUGGUUGAUCCUGCGUAGCCUGCUGGGGCACGCCUCAUCUACCGACCUGAUGGCGAACGGUGCAAACGGCACGAUGCUGAGCGCACGCGGUGCUGUAGCACUUGCACAGGCCGCUGUAGAACGCGUUCAGGUGAUGAACGAAGUCGGAGAAAUCAAGACGGUCAGUGUUCAGGAUAUUCGCGGACGUCGCGAUGGGAGCACGGCUCGCACUAGCCAGCUGCGUACCCUGGAUGCCGCCCAGCAACCGGUUGGAGCUGGUGAUGCAGUUCGCAUCGUCGGUGCCCGACAUCCGCACCGUAACCGCGAAGCGCUUGUGAUGUAUGUGUUUGGGAAUCGCCUUUUUCUGCGUAUUCGUGAGCAUCUCGAUAACGCAGGUAUGGUGGUUGCAAGCGGCAGCGAAGUGCAGCGGCUGACACAGGCGCCUGCAGCCGAGGUGAACGCUUCGGGAGCCGGCACCGUGUCGACGUCGUUGCCGUUCGUUGCACCGACAAGUGGUUGGCGUCCAUCGAUGGGCACUGCGUUUGGACGCGGUGGUAUCGGGAGCGGGGGGCUCGGUAACAGCACCGCGCCCUUAUCAUCGUCGAGAGCACCGUUUGGGGGUAGUGAUUCGGGCCGGAAGCCGACGCCUGGUGCAGUACGCGGUGGUGGUCGUGGUGGUGGUGGUGGUGAUCCGCUUCUGCACCGCUGGGUAGCGGUGACGCGGGGUCCGCACAAGGGCCUCUCCGGACGCGUUCUAGAUGCUUCGGAUACGAGUGUGCGCCUGGAACUGGAGUCAUCGAUGAAGACGAUUACGGUGGCACGGGAUGCGGUACGCCUACGUGCAGAGGCCAGUUCAGCAGCGACGAGUGCUGCUCUGGGACGUGCAUCGGUCAUCGGGGGUCUCUAUGGCCCCGGACUCGUAACAGGGCUUGCGGGACAGAGCGCUUACGGACUCGGUAUGGCUACUGGUGCCUAUGGACAAGCGUCUUUGGUGACGGGCACGCCUGGUGCGACCUCAUCGCUGGCCGCUGUUGGUGCAGGCGUUGCCUCCGCGAGGACCCCGUUGCAGGGUUGGCAACCUAACAACCAGGUUGCCGGGAUGCAGCGUACCCCAGCGAUGGAUGCUUCGUAUGCGACGGUACCCGUGACGCCGUACGCUUCGGCACUGACGGCAACGCCACUACAUCCCUCGGUUCCUAUGACACCGGCUCACGAGUUCGGAGGUACGGCAGCGGGUGGCGCUUCUGCUCGUGGUGGUGGUGCCAGCGAUGUCUGGCGUCCGAUGACACCGGCACACGUUCCUGAGGCGUUUGCCAGUGUACGGCCGUCGACGCCCAUGCAUCCCGCGGUGGACGCGCAGCGGCCAACGAGCGUCAAGGCUGCAGUAGACGACGGCGCCAGUGAAGCAGGAGCAGGAGCAGGAGCAGGAGCAGGAGCAGGAGCAGGAGCAGGAGCUGGAGCAGCUGCCGCGGGCCCCGGCCCAGUCGCAAUGUCGUCGGAAUGCAACCCGGCGACACCAGACACACCAGACGCAGUCACACCAGCGCCACCAACGACAACGACAAUACGAAAAGUACCAGAAUCAGUGCCGGGCGCGUUUACAGUAUCUUCGGUGCCAUCCUACUGGCUUGGGGCGGUCAUGCGUGACAAGCGUGCGGGCAAUCGUCUCGUGGUUGUUUGCGGUUUACCGUCCGAAGAAUCCGGAUCAUGGCUGGUCAAAGCGUAUGAUCAACAACAAGACGCCGCAUCGAAGCACACUGAACAGGAGGCAUCCAAGGCAGAGGCACGCGCUCGAACCGAGCUCGAACCGGUAGCGCCCGAUCCCGGCGAUACCCUCGUUGUGUACCAGGGAGACCUCGAGGGUGUCCUUGGUGUCUGCAUCCACGUGGACGAGGACGGUGACUGCAUGUUCAAGGAACACGGUACGCAAGAGCUGCGUGUCGUUGGCGUGAACCAGGCAAUCCGACGCAUCUCCACAGCCUAA